AUGGGGAGCGAUGGGGAGCGGCAGAUGAAUGUUCGCUCGCUCAUCCACCGCUCACCUCCUGCAGUGCGGCCCAAGAGAAAGUCUGAAGGGGAUGCUAGAGAUAAAGCCAAGGUGAAGGACAAACCACAGAGAAGAUCUGCAAGGUUAUCUGCUAAAUCUGUUCCUCCAAAGCCAGAGUCCAAGCCUAAAAAGGCCCCUGCAAAGAAGAGAGAGAAGGUACCCAAAGGGAAAAAAGGGAAAGCUGAUAUUGGUAAGGAUGGGAAUAACACUGCAGAAAAUGGAGAUGCCAAAACAGACCAGGCACAGAAAGCUGAAGGUGCUGGAGAUACCAAGUAAAGUGCAUGCAUUUUUGAUAACUGUGUACU